AUGGGCAUCUGCAUGAGCACCAACAACGACGAUGUCGAGCAGAAGAAACGCAGCCAGGCCAUUGACCGCAAGCUCGAGGAAGACUCGCGACGGUUACGGCGGGAAUGCAAGAUCCUGCUGUUGGGCUCCGGAGAGAGCGGAAAGUCGACCAUCGUCAAGCAGAUGAAGAUCAUACAUCAGAACGGCUACACGCAGGAAGAGCUCGCCAUGUACCGCCUGACCAUAUACAAAAACGUCAUCGAUUGCGCAAAAGCCCUCAUUGGCGCCAUGCGACAAUUCGACGUUAGCCCCGAGAAGCCAGGCAACGCCCAACUCUGCGACUACCUGCUCGACUACACAGUCGACCCCGACCCUGAGAAGCCCCUCGAUGUACGGGUAGGCCAGGCCAUCACAUCCAUGUGGAGCGACCCAUGCGUCGGCAAAGUCCUGGAGCACUCGAGCGAGUUCUACCUCAUGGACUCUGCGCCAUACUUCUUCGAUGAGGUAGAACGGAUAUCCGACCCCAAUUAUGUACCCAUCGAAUCCGACGUCCUACGAGCGCGUACCAAGACCACCGGUAUAUACGAAACACGAUUUACGAUGGGCCAGCUCAGCAUACACAUGUUCGACGUAGGGGGCCAACGGAGCGAGCGCAAGAAAUGGAUACACUGUUUCGAAAACGUCACAUCAAUCAUCUUCUGCGUGGCAUUGAGCGAAUACGAUCAAGUCCUGUUAGAAGAAAGCUCACAGAACCGAAUGAUGGAGAGCUUAGUGCUCUUCGACUCGGUAGUCAAUAGCCGGUGGUUCAUGAGAACCAGUAUUAUCCUGUUCCUCAACAAGGUCGAUCUGUUCAAAGCGAAGCUUGCGCGAUCGCCACUUGGCAAUUACUUUCCAGAUUACUCUGGUGGGAAUGAUGUCAAUCGCGCCGCCAAGUACCUGUUGUGGAGGUUCAACCAGGUCAACCGAGCACACUUGAACCUGUACCCUCACCUAACACAAGCCACCGAUACAUCCAACAUCCGGCUCGUCUUUGCCGCUGUCAAGGAAACAAUACUGCAGAACGCGCUAAAGGACUCCGGCAUACUAUGA